AAGGCAAUCAACUAUUAGUUAACAGUCAUCAUCAGCCUCUCAAAAUUAUUAACUACGACCUCUUUAUCAUCCAAAUCAGCCUUGAAUUCUCGAGAUUAAUAACCCUCAACUUUAUUCCUAUCUUUAAUCAAGACUUUGUCUCAUAUGUCUUUGACCAUAACUCAAUAUCCGACAUGGGAAGCAUAGGAAUUUUGGGAAUACAAGAGCACGUUCUCGUACCCAACACCAGCACCAUCUCCAUCACCAUCUAAACCCUGGACCUUUUUGCAACUAGACAUCCCUGAACCGCGAAAAUCGAACAAGCCAUGAGUGGCAAACGAUAUGCCUUCGUCCCUAUGGACGUAGAUGAAGUCGGUCCACAGAAAGUUGAGAAGAAAUCAAAACAUCGACGCCGUGAUGAAAACGAAAAAUCAAGCUCUCGUCGCGACUCCCAUCGCAAGUCGCAUCGCACUCGAAGUCGGAGUCGCAGUCGAUCGCCCCGCCCAGAUACAUACAAACACAAAUCCAAAUCAAUACGAAGGCAAGGCGAGAAAGACUUUGAUGAUAGAUGGGGCGAUGAAGAACCAGGAAGCGAGCCUGACCCGUCGGAGGAUGGACGCGACGAGGAACCCGAAUCCAAGGAAUUACCUAAACGUGUAAAAACAAGGCAUGAAGAGGAUGAGGACAAAAAUGAUGGUGCUGAAUCCGAUACGGCGCGUGAUAUCGCCGAAAGAGAAGCUUUUUCCAAACGUCUCAAGGAACGAGACGGGGGAAAGUCAAAGACGGAGGGUAAAGCUGAAAGAGAACGCCAGCGGCUAGCUGAGGAACUUUCCUCAAGUCGAGCUGCUAUGCCAGAUUUGCGCGAGCGUUCCAGGCAAGAUUACCUAAAGAAGAGAGAGACGGAAAGGUUAGCGUUGCUACGGAAACAGGUGGCAGAAGAAACGGCAGAGUUAAACAGUGGCGUACGUUUGUCGGAGCGCGAAAAGACAGAGUUUGCGAAGAAUCGAGAAAUUUUACGCCUUGCCGAAGAACGAUUACGGAUUGAUGAUCAUCGCGAUGGAUAUUACAUGCCGGAGGACUAUAUCACAGAAAAGGGAAAGAUCGAUAGGAAGCGGAAAGAGGAGGCUUUGUACAAACGCUACGUCGAAAGAGACGAAUAUGGCCAAGAGAAAUUCGUGACCGAACAUGAAGAAUGGGAGAAAGAGCAAACCCAAAAAGCCAAGGCCCAGAUCAACAGGGCGGAAAGAGAGUAUGAAGGAGACUAUGCCCCUGUGCUAGACCCAGAACAGUAUAUACAAUGGAAUCUAGGCUCGACAUUAGCGGGCGAGGGAAAGGCAUUAACUCAGGAACAACGGUUUCUGGACGCACAGAUCGAAGCUGCCGAAAAGAAGGCCUUGUCGAUUCAGGAGACUCGGAAGAGUUUACCUAUCUACAAAUACCGGGAUGAGUUUAUCGCGGCUAUCGAGCAAUACCAGAUCCUUGUUCUCGUAGGUGAGACGGGUAGUGGAAAGACUACACAAUUACCUCAAUACCUACAUGAGGCCGGUUAUACCAAAAAUGGCCUCAAAGUUGGUUGCACACAACCUCGAAGAGUUGCAGCUAUGAGUGUAGCAGCUCGAGUUGCAGAAGAAAUGGGAGUGAAGGUCGGAAAUGAGGUUGGGUAUUCGAUUCGAUUCGAGGACUCUACUAGCGACAAGACUGUCCUAAAGUAUAUGACCGACGGUAUGUUACUCCGAGAAUUCAUGACGGAACCGGACCUUUCCGGCUAUUCAGCUUUGAUGAUCGACGAGGCCCACGAGCGGACUGUUCAUACGGAUAUCCUACUAGCCUUGGUCAAAGAUCUAGCUAGAGAGCGACCAGAUUUAAAACUUUUGAUCUCUUCGGCUACAAUGAAUGCCGAGAAAUUUGCGAAAUAUUUCGACGAUGCUCCGAUCUUCAAUAUUCCGGGACGAAGGUAUCCCGUCGAUAUCUACUACACCCCAGCGCCAGAAGCGAACUAUUUGACAGCAGCUAUCACGACUAUCUUCCAGAUCCACACGAGCCAAGGAAAGGGGGAUAUUCUGGUGUUCUUAACAGGUCAAGACGAGAUCGAGGCCGCCGAAUUACAGUUAACAGAGACUGCCAGGAAACUGGGGAAUCGAGUAAAAGAAUUACUCGUGUGCCCUAUCUAUGCCAAUUUGCCAUCAGAGCUUCAGUCCAAAAUCUUCGAGCCCACUCCCGACGGCGCUCGCAAAGUGGUCCUGGCUACGAACAUUGCUGAAACCAGUCUGACAAUCGAUGGCAUCACAUAUGUCAUUGAUCCGGGAUAUGUGAAGGAGAACGUGUAUAAUCCAGCGACGGACCCGAUGCUUGCCAAGGCAGUGCUCGCUGCAGAUAAGUUCAAGUGCGUUGAUGAAGUUCUGUCGAUUGUGGCGAUGUUGAGUGAAGCCUCGGCUCUAUUCUUCCGACCCAAGGACAAGAAGAUCCACGCCGAUAGUGCCCGAAACCGGUUUACUGUCAAGGAGGGUGGUGAUCAUCUAACACUUUUAAAUAUAUGGAACCAAUGGGUUGAGAGUGACUUCUCUCCUAUUUGGUCGCGCGAGAACUUCCUGCAACAGCGGUCCCUAACUCGGGCCCGAGAUGUUCGAGAUCAGCUAGCCAAGCUUUGCGAGCGGGUCGAGGUUGCACCGUCCACGUGCGGCUCGUCCAACAUCGAGCCCAUCAAGAAAGCGCUCACUGCAGGUUUCUUCCCCAAUGCUGCCAAGUUACAACGCAGUGGCGAUAGUUAUCGAACAGUCAAGAACAACACGACGGUCUGGAUCCACCCUAGCUCCGUGCUGAUGAAGUCGGAGCCGCCGGAGAGGAUGGUGAUCUAUUAUGAGCUGGUGUUGACGAACAAGGAGUACAUGCGAAGCUGCAUGCCCAUCAAGCCGCAGUGGUUGAAUGAGGUUGCGCCUCACUUCCACAAGAAGAAGGAUCUGGAGGAGUUGGAGGAGAGGAAGAUGCCUAAAGGACAAAAGACAUAAGAAUAGUUAAGGGAUAUUGGGGUCCGAGGUCACGGGAUAUCAGGAUAUAAGUGUAUAAAAGCAGGGCCAACAUAUAGCUGAUAUUCCGCUUCAUGAAUAAUCCGAACUAUAAGAAUACCCAGAUGAGUGCUUUGCUACGUAACGUGAUUAACUCACAAGCCGCGCAUUUAUGACUUGACUUGAAUAUCGUGUAAUUGACGAUAGUGAGGCAAUCAUCAGAUUCACCACCUACCUACACAAACA